UUCAGCCCCAGAAGCCUUCUUGUUUUUCCUACAAAACAAUAAAGGAAAUAAAUAAAAAAGGAUAAAGCUUUGUUAAACUCAAAAACAGUUCAGAGAGGAGAGAGCUGAAGAUGGGAUGGUGCAAGACAUUCAGCCUUGCCAUGCUGCUGUUCACAGACUCCCCUCUUUGAAGGAGACAUGAAAGGAGACAUUACAACACGACACUUGCAAACUCCGUGCCUCUGUUGAUUUUUCCAGCCCCCUUGGCUGCCUGCUUCAGCGUCCUGUGCUUUGAACCCGCAGAGUAAAUAGGUGUGACUCGUGUGGCUCUGCGGGCAGGAGAUGUGUUCCCAGGAGGAGCCCUGGGGGCAGGCAGGAAAAGCCUCCGCUGCCACCCUGGAGAGCAACAUGAGGCAGUCAGAGCAGCUGGCCUGAAAAACUGGGGAAAGAGAGAAGAACAAGAAUCAAGAAAACCUUCCAUAGAGGAAGAUGUCCCUGUGAAUGAAGGGGUCCCCAGGACUCGUAAGUAAACACGCAGCCAUGAAAGGAGUGCCUGGAAAGCUCAAGCAGAAAGCCCAGCCUCAGCGCCGGCUCCACAGAGCGCCGUUAACUGGGAUUAAGAAAGUCAACUAAUGCUUCCCAGCACCAGGAUUUCAGCAGCACGGAGCCUCCCGAGGCAGACAACCGCGACGGCAAAUCCAGCAGGAUCUCCAGGCAGCAGCUGCCUCUCCGUGCAGAUGCCGUUCGAGCCCGGAUUUAUGUGCAUCCCACUCCUGCAAACCAGCUGCGAACCCACCGCGCCUCCCGUUCCCGGACAGUGAGCGCUGCCCAGCCGCGGCUGCUCCCUGCCUGGGGCCAGCACCGGCGCUGCGAGAGCCUCCUCCUCACCCCAUGCAGGUGGAGCGGUGUCACGGCGCUCCCGGCACAUUCCCAGAGCUCCCGGCACAUUCCCAGAGCUCCCGGCACAUUCCCAGAGCUCCCGGCACAUCCCUGCUGACCAGCAGAUGAGCCAGCGCAUCUCCCCAAACGAGGCGUGCUGGGGGAACAAGGGCCAGGACUCGAGACUGACAGCGUUUGCCCUUCUGCUUUACUUCUGCCGCGGAGGAGAUUUAAGCAAGAACAUGUACAGUGAAUUUCUCAAUUCAACCAGUGCCACUGAAGCUCACCUAAUGAUUCAGACCAACACUCCCUACCUGAGCAGCACUCCGAGACCCGUGAGCUCCUCCGCUCUUUACAUGUCGACAGCCAGGGUGUUAAAAGAAGGGGAAAUAAAUAAGCCAGACCUGGUGACUUACAUAAUUCUGUUUUUCUUUCUGUUCUUGACUGUGACAUUCAUUGUGUUCUUCAUAAACUGCCAGCUGAAAAAUUCUUUUUUUGCUACUCUUCCUUACGACAGAUCGCUCAGGGAGGCGAGGAACCCGUGGAGGACACAAGCUGUCUGACACUUCUCAUUCCAGCAGGAGCAGGAACCCUGUGCAAUAAGGUGUUAGUGCCAUGUGCAUGGAUGUGACCCCCUUUGGAGCAAUGGGCAGGAGGAGAUUGCUGAAAAUUACGCUGUAUGCCAAUCUGAGUAGCUGUAAAUAAAAAGCUCUGUUAACAAAAGAGGAAAACGCUUUAGCAAAUUGAUACAGGUUUUGUAAAAAAUUGCCCCAUGAUUCCAGAUUAAGCUGUGUGUAUGCAAAUGUCAUCAUCCACCCAUUCAGUGUCCAUACAAGGAUAAUUGUAUUAACAGCAAUCUCUGAUUUGGGCAUCUGGUGGAGCUUGUUCCCCCAUGUUUAUGAAAGCAAGCAUCAAAUGUAAAAAACCAGUGUAUUUACCUAACAGCUCCACUCUGAGAUGAGUUUACUUUCCAGACCCACUGCUGGAACUGCAUGGUGAUGGCGUGGGAGGCCUGCCAGGCAGGAGGAGAAAAUGAAAAAUGUUUAUUUAGGCUUUUGAUUGUCAUUCUGUUCAGGGUGUUUUUGAUGUUUGAAUGCGUCAUCGAUCAAGUCUUCAGUUACUACUUAUGUGAAACACUUAUUACCUACGGAAUUUAUUUUCAACUCUCAUAAGCUGCAAAGGAAAUUAUUUGCCACAGCAUGAAACCAAAAUAAUCAAGAUGGGGAGAAGUGGGUAAAGAAAAUGAAUAUAUUUAAUAUUAUGCAAACUAAUGAAAGGGGUGAAGAGAAUUCUCCAAGUUUGGCACACGAAGUGGGUAAGUUCUGAAAGCCAUAAAACAGCUUUAUAGGAAUAGUUGCUGUACUGCACAGUAUCCCCACUCCUUGCUCUUCAUCUAAACCUAGCCCAAUUAGAAGCAUGAAUUAUUAAUAUGGCAACAGCUUGAUUGAACACUGGUCACUGGCAACCUCCACCAUUUCAAACUACUAACUAUCCAAUUUUGUUCUAAAAUCAGAACAAAUAAAAGCUUCUAUAUAACACUAGUAGCUGAUGAGCUAUUUUGGAGAUGCUGAUUUCUUGUAAACUUGCAGUUACAGCACAAUUCCAGAUCAAGCUGCAUGAACCUGGGAAGAGUGUCCAUAAUUCCCACAAACAGUGGGAAAAGGGAUUUUUUUUUUCUUUUCCUUUUUUCUUUAUGGCUCAACAUACAGGAGAAUCACAGAUAUCCAGAAACACCCAGUCCUAAAUCCUAUUUUAGCUGCUGUUUUGGGUACUGGAUCAUCUGAAAUGGGGUUCAAAGUGUUUUCAGAUGCUGCUCCUAACCCUGUUCUUGACCUGCAGAGUACACCAGAGGCAUUGCAUGUAAAUAUGUGUACAUAACUUAUUUCAUCCAAAUGAGGAGAUUUUACAAUGCAAUUACACACACAUACAGGCUUGCACUUGAGAACACAGACAAAAUGUGUAUAUGUGGAAGUCAGUUUGCAAGCUUUUUCUUUUUUAACCCUAAAAUUUAACAGUUGAUAACACUUCCAUGUCAUUGUCUUUGCUACCAUGCUUUAUUUUGAUCAAAUAAGCUGAACUACUACCUAAGAGAUUUCAGUAUUUUAUUCCGUGUUAUGUGGCCAAUACUUCCUCUGAACCAAAUUUAACUGGUGUAAUUCCAAGCAGUUACUCUAAUGCAGAAAGCAACAAUAAACCCAAGUGUAUUUCUCUCAGCCCUUUUUGAAUAAAUCAAGUUUCA